CUUUUAUACAAGAUAAUCUGUAAAGAUGUUGAAGUUUAAAUGCGGUGCCCGAAAUCCGGUAGAGGCAGGACCGAUGGAGCCCAUCACCAGCCGAAUUUCUCGGCUAAAUCUGCUCUUCCAGGGGAAGCCACUCUUUGUGACUCAACAGCAGAUGUCUCCUCUCUCCCGGGAAGGCAUCCUUGAUUCUUUAUUCGUUCUUUUUGAAGAAUGCAGAAACCCCGCUUUAAUGAAAAUUAAACAUGUUGGGAACUUUGUCAAGAAAUAUGCAGAGACUAUAGCUGAAUUAAGGGAACUGCAACCCAGUGUGAAGGAUUUUGAAGUAAAGAGUGUGGUUGGCUGUGGUCACUUUGCAGAUGUAAAAGUAGUAAGAGAGAAAGUUACUGGUGAUGUAUAUGCUAUGAAGGUGAUGAGCAAGGAGUCCUUGUUGACACAGGAGCACGUGUCAUUUUUUGAGGAAGAACGCAGUAUAUUAUCUCAGAACAGCAGUCCGUGGAUUCCACAGUUACAAUAUGCAUUUCAAGACAAGAAAAAUCUCUACUUGGUUAUGGAGUAUCAGCCUGGAGGGGACUUACUGUCACUUCUAAACCGAUAUGAGGACCAGCUAGAUGAGAGUAUGGUGCAGUUUUACCUUGCAGAGUUGGUGUUAGCCAUUCACAGUGUCCAUCAGAUGGGUUAUGUACACCGAGAUAUCAAACCAGAGAAUGUUCUCAUUGAUCGAACAGGACACAUUAAACUGGUGGACUUUGGUUCAGCUGCCAGAAUGACAAUAAACAAAAUGGUCAAUGCCAAGCUACCUGUUGGCACACCUGACUACAUGGCACCAGAAAUGCUAACAGGGUUGAAUGGGGAUGGCAAAGCUUCUUAUGGUCCAGAAUGUGACUGGUGGUCCCUAGGAGUCAUUGCGUAUGAAAUGAUUUAUGGAAGAUCUCCAUUCACUGAAGGGACUUCAGCAAAAACUUUCAAUAACAUAAUGAACUUCCAGAGAUUUCUGAAGUUCCCAGAGGAUGUGAAAGUUAGUAGUGAAUUUCUUGACCUGAUCCAGAGCCUGCUUUGUGGGCAGAAGGAAAGGCUGGAUUAUGAGGGACUCUGCUGCCAUCCAUUUUUUUCUAAAAUUGACUGGAAUAAUAUCCGUAACUCUCCUCCCCCCUUCGUUCCUACUCUCAAGUCUGAUGAUGACACCUCAAAUUUUGAUGAACCAGAGAAGAAUUCGCGGGUUUUAUCCUCUACGCGCCAGCUGAACCCAGCAGGCUUCUCUGGUGAAGAUUUGCCAUUUGUGGGGUUUUCAUUCAUCAAGGCAUUAGGGAUCCUCAGACCAGAAUCUAUUUUUUCAAGUGUGGAUUCUCCAGCCAAGGUCAGCUCCAUGGAAAAGAAACUUCUUCUCAAGAGCAAAGAACUCCAAGACGCCCAGGACAAGUGUCACAAGAUGGAGCAGGAAAUGACGCGGUUGCACCGGAGAGUGUCAGAGGUGGAGGCUGUACUUAGCCAAAAGGAGGUGGAACUGAAAGCCUCUGAGACCCAGCGAUCCCUCCUGGAGCAGGACCUGGCCACCUAUAUCACAGAAUGCAGUAGCUUAAAGCGAAGCCUGGAGCAGGCACGGAUGGAGGUGUCUCAGGAAGAUGAUAAGGCACUACAGCUACUUCAUGAUAUCAGAGAGCAAAGCCGAAAGCUGCAAGAGAUCAAAGAACAGGAAUAUCAAGCUCAGGUAGAAGAAAUGAGGUUGAUGAUGAAUCAAUUAGAAGAGGAUCUUAUUUCAGCUCGCAGGCGUAGUGAUCUUUAUGAAUCGGAGUUGAGAGAGUCCCGACUGGCAGCUGAAGAAUUCAAACGUAAAGCUACUGAAUGUCACAACAAAUUGCAAAAGUUACAGGUUAAAGAUCAAGGGAAAAAUGAAGCAGGAGAGUUGUAUUCCAAAUUGGAGAAGAUCAAUACAGAGCAGCAGGCCAAAAUCCAGGAGCUUCAGGAAAAGCUGACAAAGGCUGUGAAAGCUAGCUCAGAGGCAACUGAACUUCUUCAGAAUAUCCGCCAAGCAAAGGAGAGAGCUGAGAAGGAGUUAGAGAAACUGCAGAAUCGUGAAGAUUCUAAUGAAAGCAUGAAGAAGAAAUUACUUGAAGCGGAGGAACGGCGCCAUUCUCUGGAGAAUCAAGUGAAGAGAUUAGAGACUGUAGAACGAAGAGAAAACCGUCUAAAGGAAGAUAUUCAAACCAAAUCUCAACAGAUUCAACAGAUGGCAGAAAAAAUUCUGGAGCUGGAAGAAAAGCAUCGUGAGGCUCAGAUUGCAGCACAACAUCUGGAGUUGCAGCUGAAACAGAAGGAACAAUUCUAUGAGGAAAAACUCAAAGUAUUGGAAAAUCAGAUGAAGAAAGAUCUUGCAGAUAAGGAAGCGCUUGAGAAUAUGCUCAGAAGACAUGAAGAAGAAGCACGUGAGAAAUGUAAAGUCCUGGCUGAACAGAAGGCGAUGAUCAAUGCAAUGGAUUCGAAGAUUAGGUCACUGGAGCAGAGAAUAGUGGAAUUGUCCGAGGCCAAUAAACUGGCAGCAAAUAGCAGCCUUUUUACCCAGAGGAACAUGAAAGCCCAAGAGGAGAUGAUAUCAGAGCUCAGGCAACAGAAGUUCUACUUGGAAACACAAGCUGGAAAGUUAGAGGCCCAGAAUCGAAAAUUAGAAGAACAAUUGGAAAAGAUGAGUCACCAAGAUCACACUGACAAGAACCGCCUGCUGGAGUUAGAGACUAGGCUGCGAGAGCUAAGAGGGUUGGACGACCAACACAUGUCCUUGUUUGACCGGAAGUUGGUUGGGACCAGUGUAAGAUUUCUGGCAGGCUUGUCGCGCAUCUACAGCACAACAGACAGAUUCACUUGGGAUAGCAGACAGCCUGAAGAAGGUGCUAAGGUUAGUCUAGAGCAUGAAGAACAAAAGCUGGAACUCAAAAGACAGUUGACAGAAUUGCAGCUGACACUCCAGGAGCGGGAAUCUCAAAUUACUGGGCUGCAGGCUGCACGGACAGCCCUGGAGAAUCAGCUCCGUGAAGCCAAAACUGAACUAGAGGAGACUACAGCUGAGGCAGAGGAAGAGAUUCAAGCUCUCACGGCACAUAGAGAUGAAAUCCAGCGUAAAUUUGAAGCCCUUCGUAAUAGCUGCACAGUGAUUACGGAUUUGGAAGAGCAGCUGAACCAGCUCAGUGAAGAUAAUGCAGAACUGAACAAUCAGAAUUUCUUCUUGUCGAAACAACUUGAUGAGGCCUCAGGGGCCAAUGAUGAAGUUGUCCAGUUGCGAAGUGAAGUUGACCAUCUCCGUCGAGAGAUCACUGAGAGAGAGAUGCAGCUUACCAGUCAGAAACAAACUAUGGAGGCCUUGAAGACAACAUGUACAAUGCUGGAAGAGCAAGUAAUGGACUUGGAGGCCCUGAAUGAUGAACUCUUGGAGAAAGAGCGUCAGUGGGAAGCAUGGAGAAAUGUUCUAGGAGAUGAGAAGUCCCAGUUUGAAUGUCGAGUUAGAGAAUUGCAGAGGAUGCUGGAUACUGAGAAACAGAGCAGAGUGAGAGCAGAUCAGCGUAUUACUGAAUCUCGCCAGGUGGUAGAACUAGCUGUCAAAGAACACAAGGCAGAAAUUCUAGCCCUCCAGCAAGCACUAAAGGAACAAAAACUCAAAGCUGAGAGCCUUUCUGAUAAGCUCAAUGACCUGGAGAAGAAGCAUGCUAUGUUGGAGAUGAAUGCACGCAGUUUACAACAGAAGCUUGAGACAGAAAGAGAGCUCAAGCAGAGACUUCUGGAGGAGCAGGCAAAGCUGCAGCAGCAAAUGGAUUUGCAAAAGAAUCACAUCUUCCGCCUAACUCAAGGUCUGCAAGAGGCCCUAGAUCGAGCAGAUCUUCUGAAGACUGAAAGAAGUGACCUGGAAUAUCAGCUGGAAAACAUUCAGGUUCUCUAUUCCCAUGAAAAAGUGAAAAUGGAGGGCACUAUUUCUCAGCAAACCAAACUUAUUGAUUUCCUGCAGGCAAAGAUGGACCAACCAGCGAAAAAGAAAAAGGGCCUGUUUAGUCGGCGGAAAGAGGACCCUUCUUUACCCACACAGGUUCCCCUGCAAUACAAUGAGCUGAAAGUGGCACUGGAGAAGGAGAAGGCUCGUUCUGCUGAGCUGGAGGAAGCUCUACAGAAAACACGCAUUGAGCUCAGAUCUGCUCGUGAAGAAGCUGCUCAUCGGAAAAUAUCAGACCACCCUCAUCCAUCUACUCCAGCCACAGCCAGGCAGCAGAUCAUCAUGUCUGCCAUAGUCCGCUCGCCAGAGCACCAGCCUACUCCAAUCAGUUUGCUAGCGCCGCCCUCCAGUCGCAGGAAGGAAUCCUCCACACCAGAGGAGUACAGCCGACGCCUGAAAGAGCGAAUGCAUCAUAAUAUCCCACAUCGUUUUAACGUGGGGCUAAAUAUGAGAGCAACAAAAUGUGCGGUGUGUCUGGAUACUGUGCACUUUGGACGGCAGGCAUCUAAAUGCCUUGAAUGCCAGGUGAUGUGUCACCCAAAAUGCUCAACUUGCUUGCCAGCUACUUGUGGACUGCCAGCAGAAUAUGCCACGCACUUCUCUGAAGCAUUCUGCCGGGAUAAAAUGAAUUCUCCUGGUCUGCAGCUGAAGGAGCCAAGCAGCAGUCUGCGUCUUGAAGGAUGGAUGAAAGUGCCAAGGAAUAAUAAACGUGGACAACAGGGCUGGGACAGGAAGUAUAUUGUUCUGGAAGGAACGAAAGUGCUCAUUUAUGAUGCAGAAGCAAGAGAAGCUGGACAGAGGCCUCUGGAGGAAUUUGAGCUCUGCCUUCCUGAUGGUGAUGUGACUGUUCAUGGAGCUGUAGGAGCUACUGAACUUACCAAUACAGCAAAGACAGAUGUGCCAUAUAUCCUAAAAUUGGAGUCUCAUCCACACACCACUUGCUGGCCUGGUAGAACACUCUACCUGUUAGCACCCAGCUUCCCUGACAAACAGCGCUGGGUCACAGCACUGGAAUCAAUAGUGGCAGGUGGGAGAGUUUCCAGAGAAAAAGCUGAGGCUGAUGCUAAAUUGCUUGGAAACUCCCUGCUGAAGCUAGAGGGUGAAGACCGUUUGGAUAUAAAUUGCACAAUGCCCUUCAGUGACCAGGUAGUACUGGUGGGUGCAGAAGAAGGUCUCUAUGCCCUGAAUGUACUGAAGAACUCCUUAACGCACAUCCCAGGAAUGGGUGCUGUCUUCCAAAUUCACCUCAUCAAGGAUCUGGAGAAGCUACUCAUGAUAGCAGGAGAAGAAAGGGCUCUGUGUCUUGUUGAUGUAAAGAAAGUGAAGCAAUCUCUAGCUCAGUCUCAUCUCCCAGCCCAGCCUGAUAUCUCACCUAAUGUCUUUGAGGCUGUCAAAGGAUGUCACCUUUUUGCUGCUGGCAAGGUUGAGAAUGGUCUUUGUAUCUGUGCAGCCAUGCCCAGUAAAGUGGUGGUUCUACGAUACAAUGAGAGCUUGAGCAAGUUCUGUAUCAGAAAGGAGAUUGAAACCUCUGAGCCUUGCAGCUGCAUCCAUUUGACCACUUACAGCAUCAUCAUUGGCACCAACAAGUUCUACGAAAUUGAGAUGAAGCAGUAUACACUGGAGGAGUUUCUGGACAAAAAUGACCACACUUUGGCCUCUGCUGUGUUUGCUGCUUCCACCAACAGUUUUCCAGUCAGUAUCAUCCAAGUGAACCCAACAGGGCAGAGGGAGGAGUACCUGCUGUGUUUCCAUGAGUUUGGUGUCUUUGUGGAUUCCUAUGGAAGACGCAGUAGGACAGAUGACCUGAAAUGGAAUCGCUUGCCCUUAGCUUUUGCCUACAGGGAGCCCUAUCUGUUUGUGACCCACUUCAAUUCCCUUGAAGUGAUUGAGAUUCAGGCACGAGCUUCUCUAGGAACUCCUGCACGAGCCCACCUGGAGAUACCAAAUCCACGGUAUCUAGGGCCUGCAAUUUCAUCUGGAGCUAUCUACUUGGCCUCCUCCUACCAAGACAAAUUAAGGGUGAUUUGCUGUAAGGGCAAUCUAGUGAAGGAGACCAACAACGAGCAGCACCACAGAGGAUCUUCCGCUACACGCAGCUGUUCACGUCCAUUGUUUUUGAAUGACAGUAGCCCUAACAAGAGAGGUCCGCCCACAUACAAUGAGCACAUAACCAAGCGGGUAGCGUCAAGCCCAGGACCACCAGAAGGCCCAAGCCACCCUCGAGAGCCAAGCACACCCCAUCGGUACCGCGAGGGCAGGACAGAGCUGCGGAGGGACAAGUCACCUGGGCGACCGCUGGAGAGGGAGAAAUCUCCAGGCCGGCUUCUGAGCACCCGCAGAGAGAGGUCCCCUGGAAGACUGUUUGACGAGAGCAGCCGAGGACGAAUGCCUGUGAGUGGGGCCAGAACUCCUCUUGCUCAAGUCAAUAAGGUCUGGGACCAGUCUUCAGUGUAAGUCUCAGCUAGACAAAGUUACUCAUCUUGACCUGCAGGAAAAAAAAAGGAAAUAUACUGAGUAUAUGCACUCCAUGUCUGCGGCCUAGUUACCAAAACAGCAUUCCUGGGCCGAAGCCCGCUCCGCAUCAGGAGACGUGACGCUUUUGAAGAUUGUUCGCAUCUCAGUUAAUUUCUCUGCACUUUCCUGCACUCCUGUUUUUGCACUUUGUACUACUGUUACUCUUUCAAGCAGUUCAUGAACUUUUUGUACUCACUUUAGUCCCUAGUGGUUCAUCAAGGAAAUUAAACGGGACUAGAGUCCCACCCCAGGUCUUUAAUGUGGUUAGCACCCCUUAGCAGAUAAUUGAUCAUAGUUCUGAGACAUGCUGGGAAUUCCUGAUGGCCUGGAAACAGAAGGGCCAAGGUGAGUGAGUCUUUCAAUAGGAGGUGUGAUUGGAUAUUCUCUACAGAACACAAGAAAAAUUACUUCUGAUUAGUCCGUUCACCUGCCACUUCUGAAAGUUAUUUUGUUCUCACUAAAAUUGCUCUAGAGCAGCUCUGAUGGGGAGGGAAGAACCCUGCUUUAAACGAUCCCAUGUGCCGGGCCCUGAGACAAAGUGUGUUACCUAUAAGCUACUGGGGUGUAAGACUUUAUCCAGGUCUUCUGCAUGACAGUUCACUGCAUGCUGCUGCACCAUCACUGGCUGCUCUCUCCUUUUAGGUUGCUUUGCUGAGUAGUGUAUUGUACCUCACUUGUAAACUAACUGAAACCUUUAGAUUACGCUGCAAAAUAACCGUUAAUUACUCUGGAAAUUUGGCAACGAAGAGUUCACAAGCCUUAUUCUAUGACAAGAAUUACAGUCACGCUUGUGUUCUCCUCUCAGCAUUGAACGUGGUCCUGACAGUCUCACGUGGCCCCGAGCGAGGAGCAGCCCCGGGCUGGCUCUUCCCGUGACCUGUAACUUGUCGUACAAUAAGAACCAACUGUCAUGGCACAAGAGGAUACUCACAAUGAACAGCUUUAGCGGUUACUGAACACCUUCGCCUUUGCUUCUGCGUAUCUAACCUCGAGCCCUUUAUUGCUUUCUAUUCUCUUUUGCUAUGAACAUGAAGCAGAGAGCAAAUGAUUUUCGAAGCAGGUUUUGACCAUUCAAUCUGCAAUAGCAACAUUCUAAGUGAACAACCAUGUUCUUUACAACUGGAAAGAGCAAAACUGCAUCCAAUCUUCCCUUGGCCACACUCUUAAACUUCUGCUAGUCCCUUGCAAGCCUGUGCUAACCUGUUCUAGAAACCCAUAAAAAUUCAAAUGCCUUGUCAGUGUCCUUUGGCGAGUUUCAUGAAUAUUGUAUUCCGUUCUCUUGUCUGUUGGGUUAUUUUAGGUCAGAUGAUUUGGCAGGAAACUUGCUGAAAGUUUUUGUCUCCUGGUCUGAAUAUUUUGAAGGGUCACUGAGAUCAGUCUUUAAAUCUUUGCAUCUCAUGGAAGAUCUUCAAGACCUCAGAAAUGGGCUUGUUGAGUCCUGAAAGUGUAUAUCUUGUGUCUUGUUCGUGAAAUGCUUCCUGCUAUAGAAAUAGCUCAAAGGACUGUACAUAUUUACAAGAAACUUUAUAUUCGUAACAAAAGGGAAUUGAAUUGGUUUCUACUUUUUUAUUGUAAACUGUGCGUUUUUCAACACUAGCUUUUUGUUUUAAUGGUGGUUGUGGACAGCCAUCUUCAGACGCUGGAGGGGCCUCAGCUUAGUCCUCCUCGCUCCCAUGAAGAAAUAUUGUAACAUUAAAUUGCAAUUGAAGCUUGUUAGCAUAAAUGAGGUUUUAGGUCUCUAAAAGUACAGGAUUUUUCUUCAUUACCUUUUUAUUAUUGACAAGGGAGGGAACCAGAGGGACAGUUCAAAGCUCCACCUGGAAAGUAUUGAACUUUGUUGUUGAACAAUAACCAAAUAAACAAAUAACUAUCUUGACUGGCAUGGUGAAAUGAACGCUUCCUUCUCUAUAGAGUAACACUGAGCCAUCCUACCAUUGCACCCAGCAUUAGAGGCUGUGUAAUCUAUAGGCGUCAAAGCUUACCAAAGAGCUAAACUUGACAAUAUUUAGCAUUUUAAUAGUUGUUAUUCCCUGAACAAGUAGCGUAAGUGGCUUCACAAAAACAAAGCAUGUUCAUAGGAACUAAAACAGGUGGAUUUGUCCAAAUAUUUUACUAGAGCAGCAGUCAGCUGCAAACACCUACAGCUAAAUUCUGCCCUCACAUACUGAAACAGUGCUAUGGGUAGAGGUAAGACACGUGUGAGUAUCUGGGAAAACAAUCUCGCCCUGGUAAGUGACCCACACAUCUUGAGCUGGAAGAAAUAUCUUAAUUAACAAUAGUGUGAUCUAAUGACAGGUUUGGGAUUUAUCCCGGCAAUGUACUGGUAGCAAAGCGGAUGGAGACAGUUACUCAUCUCACCGCUGUAAUAUGCUGGUGCUUUAAGGCCUAAUAGCUGCAACUUUAAAAAAAAAAAAAACAACAAACAACAAAACACAUUCACAAAUCAAGUCAGAUUGAGUACAACCUGCAGAGUUACUGUACAUCUUAACUUACACCUGCUGGGAAAACUUGCUAGAUCAGACUUAAAUGUAAAUACAUCUAUUUUUAACUGAACCAGUUUUUACAGGGUCUGAAGUAUUCUUUCACAGGAAGAGGUUUUUAAUAUUCACACUGCUGCCUACAGUAACUUAAUUUGUCCUCCUACUGUUCAGUGUUUUUGGUUCUGUGCACGUAACCACCCUCUUACCCCCAAUAAAGGGCUUGUUGGAGGGUGUGGGGGUGGGUUACUAAUAGCUCCUCUUACAUUUUGGUCUACAUGACAUUCUUCAUGAAAAUGCUCUACAUAAAAACCAAGCUGCUUGAUUUAUCUAUUGUGCCUACUAUCUGAUGUAUAUGAUGAAAUGCUAACUUGUUAAAUGUUCCUUUAUUUCUA